AUGUCUACAAGUAGGUGUGAUAGUCACGCUGAUUCAGUCUGUCGACUGUCUUGUUCGUUUAGUGAAGAAGAUUUUAGUUCUCUCUUUCAAAGUUCUGCUGAGAUAGUUGAUUGCAACCGAAUUACAAUAGUAGAAUUGGGGGGUCGUCCUUUAGGUGAUGUUACUGGAAGGGGAAUAGAUUAUAACGAACCUAUUGAUGGUGGUAUGCCGGGUUCUGGUAGUAUGCUUAGUUCUAAUCCUAGGUCUUCCAUAAGUUUAGGUGAGUUGACCUAUCUUCGUCGUCAUUAUGAGAUCCCUGAUACCAUCAGUCUGCAUGCUCCUGCUAAGGCGGAGCGGCCUGACUGGCGCUUACCUGGUUGGGUGUGUCUGUAUGAACUUCCCUUCAAAGAAGGGCUUCGGUUUCCUAUCCCCCGAUUAGUUGUUGAGUUGUGUGAGUACCACGAGAUUUCGCCCGGACAACUAAUGCCAAAUUCAUGGCGGAUUUUGAUGUCUCUCGAAGUCCUUUGUGAAAGGCACAAGAUAACACUUGGGGUGGCUGACUUGUUGAGAGCUUACUACUUGAAGGCACACCUUAAUGACAAAGGUAGGUACCAGUUAACAACUAGGGGGAAGGACCCUCCUUUAAUUAUUAGUUUGAAGAGUGGAGAUAAGAGGUGGAAGGACCGUUACUUCUUCGUCCCUUUCGUCUCGUUGGGGUUACCUGCUGAUAGUAGGAUACCUUGUUCAUGGUCUCCUGCAUGUAGGCUUCGAGUUGAGUACCUUUGGGAUUCGAGGGAGUCUUCUGGUCGACUUAAGAGUAUUCUUGCUAUUCCUGAGGCGGAGCGUGAAUGGAGUGAUUUGUUGUAUGAAUCGAGUCUCCGUCAGAGUUCUUUGUGGCGCUCUGUUGAAAAACUCCCUGAAGGUAUUCCUCUUCUACAGAGUCCUGAUAAUCCUCGUGUUGUGUUUAUCAAGAGAAGUUUAGAAGUCUUGGGAUAUACUCCCAAUUUUUUGACUGAAUUGACGACAAGUGAGCGGUUGUUUGCAGACGUAGCUAUGUCCCGACCCUUUACACUUCCUCUAACCGGUUCCAAUGCCUUGGAACGUUUGCGUCAAGUAAAGAAAUCGUCCGUUGGGAGCUCAGAAGCUGAUAGAGAGGUUGUCGUGCCUCCGGCUGAUCCCCCUAUUUUGACGCGGAGUCAGACGAAAAAAAAGAAGAAGGUUGUGCAGGAUGAUUCUUCCGACCCAUUUAGCGACACCGUUGCCCUUUCGUUCCCUUCCAAUGCUGCGACCUAUAGUGAGAUUGGGCCUCACUUAGGAGAGAUUGAUAAGUUGUUGUGGCCCGAAGAUGAUCACAGAAUGGAGCAGGUUGGUACGGAUGGGUCAAUUGAUACCACUGUUUCUCAUUUGUUCCAGGUUUGCAAGGGGUCAUUUGGCUGA